CUCUCUUUCUUUGGAGGGAAAAUUUCUAAUUUUUGAAGCUUUUUAAUUGUUACAUGUAAUCGCCUCUGAAGUGUGUUAUUCAGCUGCCAGACUGAUCGAGCUGGAAUCAGGAAAGGGAGAAAAUGUGUCAUUUAUAGGUGAAUGGCCAGUAAUGGUUUUGCAAAGACUUGUGAAGGUUGGGAAGUUUUCUGUUUGGCUAGAAAAUCAUAAAUGGAAUUUUGUGAUGUUGUGGCAGUUUGAGGGAGAUCGUGUUAUAUCUACCUAAGUUUUGAAGUUGAUAAGCAUCUAGACAGAUCUUCCCCAAGUUUGAGAUGCAAACCAAGAAAGUAGCAAUGGGAAGGAAUUCUUCUAAAGGGCUUGGGAGUCCAAAGGUUUCAAGAACUCAGAAGAAGGUGUCUGAAGAUGUCAACGACCAAGAGAACAAAGUAUCUCAGAUGAUUACAUCUUCUGCUAGAAAACAAAAACCAGCAGCCACCUGCACAAGGAAAUGCAAGGAGAGUGUUGACACAACCAAUUUAAAUGCUAGAGGCAUAUCUGAAGCUGACACCAAUGCCACUGUAUGUUUGGACAAUGAUUCUUAUCUUGCAAUCAACGACAUGUCCGUCGAUGCUGAGGGAUAUAACGUGACAGACCCUUUCGUGAAUGGAACCAUAUUUUCUCCUGCCUUUCAUAUUUCCAGAGCUGCUGAAGGAGAAAUUGCAGAUGGAGAUUUAGGAUGUGGUCUUUCAAAUGAGGUAUCAGCUAUAUACCAAUGCAUGAAAGACUCAAAGUUGGAAUGUGUUGAUGAAGAUGAUCAUGAUCAUGACCAUGAUCGUACAUCUGAUGUUCAAAUGGAGGAUGACGAAUGUGAAGAAUUUGAUGAAUUUGAUCCUUAUUUUUUUAUAAAGAACUUGCCGGAAUUAGCGUCUGUGGUCCCAUCUUUUAGGCCUGUGCUACUACCCAAGCAGACACGGAGUUGCCCACCAACUACCCUUGUUCUAGACUUGGAUGAGACUUUGGUGCAUUCCACACUCGAACCUUGUGAUGAUGCAGAUUUCACAUUUUCUGUGAACUUUAACCUCGAGGAUCACAAGGUCUACGUUCGUUGCCGUCCUUACCUCAAAGAGUUUAUGGAGCGGGUGGCUAGUCUCUUUGAGAUUAUUAUAUUUACUGCUAGCCAAAGCAUAUAUGCAGAACAGCUCCUGAAUGUGCUGGAUCCAAAGAGGAAAGUGUUCAGGCAUCGUGUUUAUCGUGAGUCCUGUGUUUUUCUAGAAGGGAAUUACCUCAAAGAUCUCUCGGUCCUUGGUCGUGAUUUAUCACGUGUUGUGAUGAUUGAUAACUCUCCACAGGCAUUUGGAUUCCAAAUCGACAAUGGUAUACCAAUAGAGAGCUGGUUUGACGACCGUUCAGAUCAAGAGCUGCUUUCCUUAUUGCCAUUUUUGGAAAGCCUAGUUGGCGUUGAAGAUGUUCGGCCAUUCAUCGCUAAGAAAUUCAACCUCCGAGAGAAAAUAGCGGCAGCAGUUUGUCCCUUAGGAGAAGCCUUUGAAAGGUGAGCAAUGAUUGAAAAAUAAACAUAUUUGGUUCAACUGAAGAAGAAGAAAAAUAACGAAGAGCUGCUUCAUCAUAUGCAUAAGGCCAUUGUUCCUAUUUUAGGAAAGAAAUAUGAGGCUAUGGUGUGUAGUUUUGAGUCUUUAAGAAAAGUGUUUGUCCAUUUCCUUUCUAUUUCCAUCCCAUGCCAAGGAAUAACUUGUUGCUUUGGAUUAAUAGGGGUGUCUUAAUUUAAUUAACAAUGUAUUUUAGU